GGUGUGAGGCUCUAUGCAUGUAGAAAAGGGCUGCCUGCCUGACAUCCCCGGGUUCAGCCUGACGUCCUUAUCGCCCCGCAGCCUGAGCCAUGGCACCAACGACUCCCAAAUUACGACUCCUUCGAAAUCGGCCCUUAUGUAUUAUGUGUGCACGAGAUACUGAGGCAGAGGAGAUUGCGAAAGCCUUGGGGAUUGCAGACAACCGCAUAUCCGGCCACGAAGUCCAAAAAGUGAAGGAUGGCUACACGUUCUAUCUCGGCUCUUUCCGCCUGCUCUCCGGAGAAGAACUCCAGUACUACGUGACGAGUGGAUUGCGCCAGGGAAUUCAGUCUUUCACGAUUCAUGCUAGCAUUCUUUUCAGUAUCCUGCGUCCUCGGUUCGUCAUCCAUGCUGGAGUGUGUGCUGGAUAUCAUGAUCUAACGGGCAAUGUCAAGAUGAGCAUCACAGACGUCAUCUUCGGUGAAGCUGCAAUCAACUACGAGGAAGGCAAGAUGGAAAACGUCGCCGGCCAGCUUCUCUUUCGGCCAGAUUACAAUCGUGUGGCGUGCAAUGCGGGUGACCUGAAAGCCUUUGCGGAAGCAUCCUCCAGACCAAAUUAUCACUAUGGAGAGUUCAUCUCCGGAGCUUCUGUGCGCACAGAUGCUGAUGUCAUCUUUACCAAAAUCCGGAGAGAGGUUAACCGUAACGCAAUUGCGCUUGAUAUGGAAGCGAGUGCCUUUAUCCAGUUGUGCGAGCACUUCGAAGGCGAUCAAGUCAUAUCGCUUGGCGUAAUCAAAGGCAUUUCCGACUUCGGGGACUCGUUCAAGGGUACAGUGGAGAAUGCGUACACGCAUGCCUUGGAAAACACUGCGAAAGGCGUGAAAGAGUGGGUAGUCCACCGCAUCAGGGCGAUAACCUGGGCCAUCAAAGAGGAUGACGAGCCAGGGGCCAGACUGGUACCAGGCUACUACGAGAACUUCAUUCGCAGGGUUCUGGAUAACUAUCUCUCAGGGUGGCCUGUUACGGACAAACUUGAUUCCAACAUUGUGAUCCCGCGGAAUGAGAUUAAAGGGCUAAAGACAGUGUUGCCGAAGAGUUAUAGUCCGAGCUUUGUACAAGAGCUCGGUCAUGUCCAAGCGCUCGUGCAACGGUUCCGGAUACCAGAAGUGAACGUUGGCGGAGAUGCAGCUGGGAGAUAUCUCCACUACAAAGGCGGCUACUUCAUGGACUGGUCGCGCACUGUCAAUAGUCUGAAGAUAUGCGAGGAUGGCGAAUACCAAGUCCAGGUUUUCGGAAGGGUGUUGAGCAAGUGCGACUAUUAUAGCGGAUCUGAUGAGUCGCCAGCUGUUGCUUCUGUGGUGACUUGGGAAGAUACAGUCCAGUGGCUGAAAGAAUUGGAGAAGAGCGAAGAAGACGAACGCAAAGAGAAAGCAGCACAAGCCGCAAAACUGGAAAAGAAGGAAGAAGAGGAGCCACUAAUAGAAAAGACCGCGGAGCAGAACAUGCGAGAAGGACGCCAACUUGAGAGGGACAAGCCUCUCCCCUCAACCGUGCUCGGGGAAGGAAGGCAAGAAAGCCCGGCGCCAAUCGAAGAUCCUGCAGCUUCAACUGACGGAGGCUGCGGCUUCCCACAUACACAUUCCGCUGCUCACAACGGUGCAGCAACGAAGGAACGCCACAAAAGUGCACCUUCGGAACCAGUAAAGAGCGCAGGCAGACACUUCACAUGGACUACCAAGCGCUCCAGAAGCAAGGAGCCGAACGCAGAGCAGAGAAAUGCUGCGCUUCCUUCGAAGCGCCCACAGAGCAAUGAGCCCAAAGGGAAGGGAAGGAGUGCUACCUUGUCGCCGAGAAGGUCAAUCACGCGCUUGCUUCACUCUUUCCGGAAGCCAUCUUCGGCGCACGAACAAGACGGUGUUAUCCCGCCAAUGCCAGGGAAGUAACGGCGCGCGAUGCAAGGAAGACUGUGGUUAUUUAUAGCGGGAACUUGGAGGGCACACUC